GUGGUCAGAUCCGUCCUCUGGGACGGGAUUCGUUCAAAUUGUCCGACUGGCUGCCUGCCGCGCAGAGAUUUCGAAGAACCGACGAGCGGCAGGAGCGUCUGUGAGCAGCGGCAGCGGCAGCGAGCGUCGCCCCUGCCGAUUCAGCAGGAGGCGAGCGAGGCUUCAUCUGCCAGAGAGCGACGUCGCUCUGGCCCGGCCUCAGCACCCCGAACACUAUCGCCCCCUUCGUCUUCUUGCUCUCUCGAAUUCCGAUGAAUUGGGCGGUGCUCGUGCAGGCGGGGAUUGCCUCCGAGGGACGGGUGGUGGCCCAGAGACGAAGUGCUUGCUGAGAGGACGAGGAGACAGAGACGCAGAGAGAUUGGGGCAGAUUUCGGUUGAUUUAUAGCAGCGGCGGCAGAUUUCGGAGCGAAGGCUCGUUUGAGGAUUGCGAGAGAUGGCUCCGGCUGUUGCUAAGGGUGGGCAGCAGGUGAGGAUGACGAUGCCGAAAACGAAGACGGAGUUGAAGGCCAGGUACGAUACCGGAGGCCAGGUGGCCGGGCUCACCCUCGCAGUGGCAGCCGGGGAUCUGAAAUUGAAAGGAAGCGUGACGGAUUCCACGUUCAUCAAUGGGCCUUCGCUUGAGGGCAUGUCGAUUGGUGUUGAGAAGCCCGGCCAUUUUCUUUUCGAUUACGAUUUGGCGCAUCAGUCCGCAAGGUUUCAGUUCAUGACCUCAGUGAACGUGCUUGGAAAGCCUCUCAAGCUCACCUACAUUCAUCCACAAAAAAGGAAUGCCACUCUUGUUGAAGGAUCACUUGUGUGGGAUCCACGCAAUAAAUUAACGGCAAAGUACAGCUUCGCCACCGAAAAGGGGUCGUUGAAGUACACUUUUUUGAGUACUCCUCACGACGUGACUGUAGAACCUGGAUUUGAUUUCAACACCAAUGCAUGGAAUUUUUCUCUCUCCAAGAAGUUGUUCACCGGAGACAAUCUGAAGGCGUCAUACGACAGCAGCAACACAGUGUUGGGAUUAGAAUGGAUCAGGGAUGAUAAGUACUUUGGACCCUUUAAGAUCAUCGGGUCGGUGGACGGCAAGGAAAUGAAGGCACACAAGCUGAUUUUAGAGAAGACCUGGAAUCACGAAAUCUAGCCAUGUAUUAGAAACAAACAAACAAGAAUGUGUUUUGUCUAGCCUGCUCCUCGUUCUACAUGGACCUGGAGAAGCUGGAACAUAGCACUACAUAUCGUUGAGGGAAGUUACCUCCUUUUUUGGGGAUUUGAGGGGAGAGGUAAUUUAUUGGAGUUGCAGCAGUAAUGAUCGGGUUAUCGGCCAGCCAGGUCGAAACAAGAGCACAUUCUUUGAUAAAGUAGAACCGUGUCGUAUGGUCCCAUUUCAGUAAUCCUCACAAGCGCUCAGACGAAAUCUUGAGGUCUUUGACAUAGUUUGAUAUAACUCGUCACAUACAGCUGCUGUGUGUCAAUUCUGUUCAGGUCAUAAUUUAUCUCCAGAUAAAAGCGGUGAGUGGGCUAAGCGACGAGUUCUCGCAACUUACUAGUCCGGCUCGUGUGGUAUAUUUAAACUUCUAGUCUCUUUUCACCGAUACUGGUUGGUUACAUGCAGGAUAGCAAAAUCUCGAGGACCCCAUCAGAACGCGAAAGAACUGAUUGAAGAUUUCGCGUUCUAAGGUCUCAAGAAAUAGAAGGCUCUUCAUUCCAACAGG